AUGUGUGAUCUUGUUCCCAUUUCGCUCAACUAUUUUUAUACAGGACAUGUUUAUAAUUUAUCGAUUUGUCUCUAUUGGGUUACAGGAAAUUAUACGUUGCAAGGUAUUUCAAGUUGGUUAAUGGCAUGGGCAUCUAUCGAUCGGUAUCUUCUAAUAUUUUUUUAUCGUUUGCGAAGUACGUUUCUUAGACAUGAUAUUCAGAUCAUAGGUGUGUGUGUUUUUGUUAUUGUUUGGUAUAUCACUCUUACUUUCACUCAUCCAUGCAGUGAAGAUUGGUUUGAUGGUACUCAAUUUCUAUGUGGUGGACCAUGCUUUAAUAAUGAUACUGUUAUAGUUACUAUCGAUUGGAUUCUUAUUGUACUCUUGCCAACAUUAUUGAUCGUUAUAUUCAAUUUACUUCUUCUCGGAAGAGUCAUCUUCCAAAAAUGUCGACGACGACUUGGUGUUGACAGAAGAUCAUUUGUGUGGCGUAAAAAUCGAAAGUUGAUUAUUCAACUUCUUGCAAUCGUUUUCAUCUAUUUGAUUACACAACUUCCUUUAUCUAUUUUCUCACUUAUACGUCUCUUUGGUCCUACUGAUUUUCUCAUUGCUAUUUCACUUAUUUGGCUUUUCUAUACACCAUAUCUUAUUUAUAUUAUCACACCUUUUGCUUAUAUAGCAACAACAAAAGAGUGCCAAAAGCGAGUCUGUCGUUGUCGAAAUUAUAUUCACCCAUUAGCAUUGACAGGUGACCAUCGAUUGAAACAACGUACUACAGCAGUUUAG